AUGACCAUUGAAACCAGCGACCGUAAGCGCAUCAACCCCAGCAAGCGAGCCAAGUCUGCACCCCGCUCAUCCGCUCGUCUACGUCCGCGCAGCAAACCCCGGGGGUUCUACAACGAAACCUUACUUGCGCGGCGCGCCUGCGAACGUGGUACCUCUGUACCGAGAAAGAGAAAAGCCUCAGCAGUUACGAAGGAGAACAAGGUCGCGUCGGCCGAGGAACCGGAGGAGGAGGAACCGGAGGAGGAGGAACCGCGUGAGGUCCUGGUGAAUAAGAUGGCUGCUUGGAUGGGAUCUUCGGGCUAUCAUGAUUUGAAGAAGAAGAUGUUCUAUGGUAAAUAA